AUGCGGCCUUACUUUGAUCCCGAGUAUGAGAACUUCAAUCAGCGGAUCAACCCUCCUCGGGUCUGCAUCGACAACAACACAUGCCGCGACUGCACCCUGGUGAAGGUGGACAGCAUGAACAAGAAUGGCAUUCUGCUGGAGGUGGUGCAGGUCCUGAGCGAUCUUGACCUCACCAUCCUGAAAGCGUACAUCACCUCGGAUGGCGGAUGGUUCAUGGAUGUGUUCCAUGUGCUGGAUAAGCAAGGGCACAAGGUGACCGAUGAGAAGACCAUUCAGUACAUAGAGAAGGCCUUAGGUCCGGGCAGCAACAUACCGGGAGCGGCGAAGGGCAGCAAUUCGCCUGGGAGAUCAGUCGGGAUGCACUCGAUCGGCGACCACACCGCCAUCGAGCUCAAGGGGCCCGACAGAACCGGCAUUCUCUCCGAGAUCUUUGCCGUCCUGGCGGAGCUCCAGUGCAACGUGAUGGCGGCCGAGGUGUGGACGCACAGGACGAGGGUGGCCUGCGUGGUGUACGUCAACGACGUGUCCUCGGGGCAGGCGAUCGAGGACGCGUGCCGCCUGGCCGGGAUCGAGGAGCGGCUGCGGCACGUGCUCCGCGGGCACGGCGGCGGAGACGACGACGGCGGCGACGGCCGGGGAGCGCACACCAACUUCUCCGCCGGCUCCACCCACGUGGACCGCCGGCUGCACCAGCUGAUGCACGCCGACAUGGACUUGGGCGGCGACGGUGCGCCGCAGGGCCGUCCCGCGGCCGACGACGGCACGGCGGUGACCGUGGAGCACUGCGAGGAGAAGGACUACUCGGUGGUGAACGUGCGGUGCAGGGAUCGGCCCAAGCUGCUGUUCGACAUCGUCUGCACGCUGACGGACAUGCAGUACGUCGUCUUCCACGCCGCCGUCGCCUCCGAGGGCAUCUACGGCGUCCAGGAGCUGUACAUUCGCCGCAAGGACGGGCGCACGCUGCUGAAGGACGAGGCGGAGAAGGUGACCAAGUGCCUCGAAGCGGCGAUCUCCAGAAGAGUCUCCGAGGGAUUCACGCUUGAGCUCUGCGGCAGGGACAGGGUGGGGCUGCUGUCGGACGUGACGAGGGUGCUCCGGGAGCACGGCCUGACGGUGACGAGGGCCGACGUGACGACGGUGGGGGAGCAGGCCGUGAACGUCUUCUACGUGCGUGACGCGUCGGGGCAGCCGGUGGACAUGAAGACCAUCGAGGGCCUCCGGGGACAGGUCGGCCAGACCGUCAUGCUCAACGUCAAGAAGGUGCCCGGUGACAAGGCGCCGGAGCGGGCUGCUGGCAGCAUGGCCAAGACCAGCUUCUUCUCCUUCGGCGGCCUCUUCGCCAAACUCGGAGCAUAA